AUGACAGCCAACAUCUCAUUGAUUUCUGUUGAAUCUUACAGUGCUUUUUAUCGCGUGAUUGUAGUUCAGGUUUUGGUGCCCAUUUUCCUCUGCAUCAACCUUUUUCUAAUCAGAACCUUUUCAAAGGAGGAAUUCUUCUACACAACCAUGCGCUACAUCUUAUUUGCUGUUACACUUGUGUCAGAUAGCCUGUUUUUAGUUAUGACAGAUGCUCUGCUCAUUUUAACCUAUUUCUCUGUCACCAUACAAAUGUGGUUGUGUCUUAUUAUGUGUAUUUUCUUGAGCCUGUACACUUUUGCCACACCAGUUACUCUGACAGCAAUGACUCUGGAGCGUUACGUGGCCAUUUGCAGGCCUCUGCACCAUGCAGAGCUCUGCUCCACACGUAAAGCUGUGCACUGCAUCCUCAUCAUCCACUGCAUCAGCUCUGUGCCCUUCAUUAUUAUUCUUUCUAUCUUUUUUUUAGCUUCUGCUGCCCAUAGCUUAAAUAUUGAGAUCAACAAUUGUAAUAUGGACGUAUUUGUUGUUCACAGCUGGCAGAGCCACUUCAGGUCAGCAAUAAGUCAGUUUUACUUCUUAAUUAUGUGUAUUGCUAUUGUUUGCUCCUAUAUUAAAAUAAUGAAAGUGGCCAAAUGUGCAUCAGGAGAAAACAAAAAGUCAUCAUGGAAAGGACUCAGGACAGUGGCCCUUCACGCUUUCCAGCUACUGCUCUGUCUCAUUCAGUUGUGGUGCCCAUUCAUAGAAGCUGUUGUUAUUCAGAUCAAUUUAAUGAUGUAUAUGAACCUCCGAUUCUUUAAUUACAUCACUUUCAUUCUUGCUCCAAGAUGUCUGAGUCCUCUAAUUUAUGGCCUCAGAGAUGACAGAUUUUUUUGUGCACUAAAACACUAUGUUCUCUGUGGUUUGUAUAAGACAUGGUCAAAAGAACAAAAGAACAAGCUGUGA